AUGCGGUCUUCGGAAGAACGCUUUUAAAUAAAUUUAACAUGAGGGAUAUUCGACUAGCCUUCGAUGAGGAGACGGCGAGUCGCCUCGGGAGUCGGGCAGAAUGCGUGCGAAUGGAAAUUUUGUCCCCCGAUUGUGUCAUGUACGAAAUGCGCAAAAGAAAAGUGCGAUGUGAUUUCCCCUUGCAAAUUGGCUUCACGAUUUUAGAACUGAGUAAAUUAACGAUGUACUCGUUCUACUACGAAACUCUGCUGAGCAAGCUCACUUGUCCGGUGAUUACCUGCUACUUUGACACGGAUUCUCUGAUCCUCGGCCUAUUCUGCAAGGAUUACGAAGAUCAGUUACGUGUGAUCUCCGACGACCAUUUAGACUUGUCUUCCUUCGAUCGGGGUCAUCCACUGUACAGCGAGAGGAAUCGUGGUAGGCUUGGUGCAUUCAAAAGUGAAACUGGUAGCAUACCCAUAGAGGGAGUAAUAUGCUUGAAAGCCAAAAUGUACUCCAUCAAACUAGCUGGGGGAAAACAAAUUGCAAGAGCUAAAGGGGUCAAAAAGAACAUUGUGCGCAAACACCUCCUCCAUGAUACGUACCACAAUACCCUGUUCAAGCACACUAGCGUAUCGCACGAACAGGUGUCAAUAGUGGGAAAGAAACAGUGCAUGUACACCAUCAGAAAUGUGAAAAGAAGUCUGAUGGCGUACGACGACAAACGAUACCUCUACAAUGACAUCGACUCCUACCCAUACGGAAGCUGCGAAUAUGAUAAUGCAGAGGAUGAGAAGGAGUAGCGUCAGUUGGCCCAGUGGAAGGAUAUGGUAGCUUGUUCUCUUCUCGCUCAUCUCAUGCACGCUGGCGCUGGACACCUGCAACUGAAGACACAUGAAGCUCGAGAAGGAUAAGCACACCUACCCGCUUGAAUGCCCUGGUGAUAUCUUCACUAUCACAGAUUGGUAUGUGGUACCUAUGCGGUCCAACAUUAAGCUGGACAAGAACGUUACUGGAUCGCUACGCACGUGCCUUCAACCACUGGACGUAACCGUCCAGUGCGCGUGGAAUGUGUCAACUGACGGAGGAUGAAACUUUUCUUAGCCGCUGUCCCAGAGACACCUACAUGAUUCGUCACUUCCGAGGAACCAUGCCCAGCAUCAAAGGAAUCAAUCUCUCCAAGACAGCCAUGAUG